CACACAGAGAGAAAGCAAUAUAGAGAACCUUAACAACGAAAAUAAACACAUGGCCGGAAAAUUAAUGACUUUGCAAGUUUUCCACUUGCUAAGCAUAUCUUUAGUCAUCUUCUUUGUAUUCUCUGUGAAUGUUGUCAGUGAGGAGGAUUACCAGAGAGCGGUGCCUCCGGAAGAUAAAACGACUACGGUUUGGUUCUCUAGGAUCAAACAGUCUGGUAAUGAUUACUGGGGGAAACUCAAAGAGAGUUUAGGUCGUGGUCACGCCCGCUUUUUUCCUCCAAACAUAGAAGGAAAGGAUGAUCCAUCAAUGGGAGCAGGAGGAAAGAUGAAAGAGGCGGUCACAAGGAGCUUCGAGCACAGUAAAGAUUCGGUGGAGGAAGCUGCCAGAUCAGCAGCGGAGGUGGCGUGUGAUGCGGCGGAAGCAGUUAAAGAAAAGGUGAAGAGGAGCUUUUCCGGCAGCGAGACGACUCAGCAGCAGUCAUAUGGUACUGAGGAGCUCUAAAUACCUCGUUAUGUUCGAUUGAAACGACAUAGUUUCGGAAGAGAAUCGCAACAUAUCAUUGGUUGUUUGAUUUCUAAGUCAACUUGCGUGCUUUUUUCUAUAUAGUAUAGACAACGAUCACGUCACGUGAGGGAUUUGAGAUCUCAUAUCUCAUAUUCAAGUAUUAGAGUUAUGGUUCUGGCCUUAACCAUUGUGACU